CAGACUCCGGCGUGGUAUCGUUCUUCUCCGACCGCCCUUCCCAAUGUCGAGAUGGACAGAGUAAAUUACCUGAAGAGCCUCGGACCAGGAGAAUGGGUGGACGACAUCGCCGUGGAUUCCUACUGCACCCUCGUACAUUGGUGGCAGUCGACCUUCAGAUUGACGGGCGAGGGAAAGCCGGCCUCGUUGAUCAUGCCGGCCAACUUGUCCCAAAAGAUAAAGAUCGACAAGGUCAAGGAUACGGAGAAGACUGUACAUGCUGGGUAUACCAACGGGAUCCCCUAUGGGGACAUCUUGGCCAAGCGGAGCCUCAACCCCUUCGAGCACUUGCACACGAUCAUACCCUUUCUGACCGGCGAGAAUCAUUGGGUCACGGCGGUGAUCGAUAUGAAAUCGAGGACGAUCUACGUGUUCGAUUCGAUGAGAGAUAUCGAUGCCAAAGAGAGUGAAGGGAGAUGUAAGGCGGUCUUCAUGUCGGUCAGACGGUGGAUCUCCGAGUUUGAGAAAGCGAUCAAUCGAAAAGACCCGGACCGGAUGGAAAUCGACGAUGGAGCCGAGGUCGAGGUCGCAGAGUGGAAGUCGAGGUUCCCGAGGGCCUUGACGCAGCAGAAAAACUACCACGAUUGCGGUGUGAUGAUGUUACAGACCAUCAUGAACGUCUGCAGGUUACAGAGCUUGGAAGCGGUCGCCUUUGGGUUCUCGGAUUUCGUCGAGGAGAACGGUUCGACCAUGGACCGCAUGUCACCCGACAACAUCGACAACGACGUGUCAUUCCAGACGAGAGAAAAGAUGUCCAUAGAGUUGCUCCAGCAGAAGCUCCUUCUGAGGACCUUGAGGGAUGACAGGCCGGCGUACGUCGUGCUAGGAGAAUCGGCUGCCAAGACUUCGACGCGGUCUGGGUUUUGGUCUCCUGAUUCCGAUUAGAUGAGAACGAUAUUACUACGCUGUACAUUGUACGGGUUUUACGUGACUAUAUCUAUCAUAAAGAAUGAUCGGGUGGAGUGGGACGGGCUGACGGGAUAGCUGAAGAGGAGAUUAAUUUGUAUAAGUGAAGAACGGUAUGAUGCAGUAACGUGAAACUAUGCACUGAAGAUCGACCUGGGUAA